CUACGACACCAAAUCUCUCCACAAGUAGUGUGUUUAUUUAUACCUUCUCUCCUCCCCCAAACUCCUCUCUUUAUUUUCCCCUUCAUCAAUCAUUCAAUUCCCCUUCCCAAACCCCUUUUUCCCCCAUUUCUUUCCACCUUUUCCCCACCUUUCUCCACCGCCACAAACCCACCCCCAUCAUCUCUUUUGUUCAUCCUUAAUAUUUAAAAGAAAAAGAAAAGCAGUGAUGGAAAGCUUAGGAAAAGAAGCUGAAGAACAGCAGCAGAUGAUGGAUCUGCCCCCCGGGUUCCGGUUCCACCCCACUGAUGAAGAGCUCAUCACCCAUUAUCUCUCAAAGAAGGUUCUUGACAGCUCUUUCUCUGCUUUUGCCAUUGGAGAGGUCGACAUGAACCGGGUCGAGCCUUGGGAUUUACCAUGGAAGUCAAGAAUUGGGGAAAAGGAGUGGUAUUUCUUCUGUGUGAGGGACAAGAAGUACCCAACGGGGCUGAGAACCAACAGAGCCACUGCUUCUGGGUACUGGAAGGCAACAGGGAAAGACAAGGAGAUUUUCAGGGGGAAAAGCCUUGUCGGAAUGAAGAAAACCCUUGUUUUUUACCAGGGUAGGGCUCCCAAAGGGGAAAAAACAAAUUGGGUCUGCCAUGAGUACAGACUUGAAGGCAAAUUUUCCCUCCGGAGCUUCCCCUCUGAUUCUCAGGUUCNCCCCCCCCCCCCCCCCUGUUUUUACUCUGUUUUCCCCUGUUUUUUUUAAACUCUGUUUUCCUCUUGCAGCAGAGUGAUUGGGUGAUUAGCAGAGUGUUCCACAAAGGCUCCGGUGGGAAAAAAGACGACUUCUCAGGGCUGCUGGACAACAAGUCGGCCGUUAUGCCGCCGCUGAUGGAUUCAUCGCCGCUCAGAAGGGUCAACAACAACAACCCCUCCCUGCCGGAAUCCGGCGGCCACGUGCACUGCUUCUCCAAAAACCAGCAAGAAGACACAGGGGUGAUGAACAUGAACUACCUCAACAAUCAUAUGCCUCAAUUCCAUGUUUCCUCGUCCGCUCCUCUGGUUCCUGAUCCAAACGCAUUCCCAUGGAGCCAAACGGUCCAGAACCAAUGCCGGUUCUUGAAUUAUGGCUCGUUUCCUCUGGUUCAGGAGGACCCUGUGAGCCUGAGCUUCAACAAGACAGAGGAGGAGAUUGUGUGCCUGUCUCAAGAGAGCGGUGAAAUGAAAGGUGAAACAUCUUCUGGUCCACAUGAGCUUGACUGCCUCUGGACUUAUUAAAAGAAAAUUCCCCAU